AUGGCCGAAAAUUGAUUUUUUACCGAGGCCCUCGUUCGCCCCGCGAUCGCAAAUUCGCAAAUUUCCCCCUUUCUCCCGCUCGCGGACGGUGUCAGAUUCAUGUUCAGGCCGGUCGGGUGUUUGGUUGGCCACGAGUGCACGUGGACGAGGCAGACGUCAACACGGAACGUGAGAGGCUGCGUCGAUUCUAUUCCGAGGGGGUUCGAUCCGUUCGACCCGUUACUGCGGCUACGGCGACGGGCUGGCGGGCAUCGUUCGCUCCCCCCCUAGAUCCUCGAGGCCGUCGUUCGUCCCCGUGCGUCGCUCGCGGACUCCAGGCGCCUAAAUGAGCACCCAGGACCAACACAGCUGCGUUCUGUGCGACUCGAAGCUGGAGUCCAAGGAGGCACUGCAGGAGCACUUCAGAAAGCAUGCAAACAAGACGAUAGACAUGCGCGGGCUGCCGGUCAGGAGCAAAACCGAGGACACUCGGUGCGACAUAUGCGGCCAGUCGUUCGACUCGAUACCGGCGACGCUGAGGCACAGAUUCAAGGUGCACUCCAAUUUGUCGACCAAGUUCUACUGUUCCUACUGCGGAAAGCAGUUCCCUCUGAAGAAUCACCGGGACAAUCAUCAAAUCUCGCACGACCCGACCGAGAGCGAGAACAAAGACCAGCACAGAAAGUGCGAGGAGUGCGACGUGAUAUUCUACAACGGGAAGGCACUGGACUACCAUUAUCAUUCCGUUCACAAAAGAAUGAUCCACCUGUUCCAACCGAUAGCCACUCCUCCGCCCAGCAACAAGAUCAAAUUCAACUCCAUGAACGACGCACUGAGCGUGUACUAUUGCCACUUGUGCGGCGUCGAGUACGUUAUUAAGUUCAACUUGCAGCAGCACUUGGAGAAGAUGCACACGAAAAAAGAAAGGGACGCCGUGCCGGAGGAUUUGAUCAAGUGUACGGUGUGCGCGGCGUUGUUUUGCAGCAAGAAGGCCUACAACGUUCACAACAGUUACCAUCAUCCCGACGAUUUGUACGUAACUUCCGAGCAGCAGAGAAUGCAGACGGUAACAAAAAUCGAUCAAGAUUUCGACAUUAGGAGGGUGGAGUCUACGGCUGGCAAAUAUGUGUUGCGAUCUAAAUCGAAAAGGACGAUUGAGGACACGACAGAGCCGGACAAAGUGCAGAAGACUGAAAUUAAAGUAGAAAUAAAGAGAGAGAGGUCUGUGUCCUUGGACGACCUUGUCGGCCCCAAUGAGUUCAGCGAUUCCGAGAGCGACGUCCCGUUGGAGCGAAGGAUCGCCAGCUAACGGAGGUUUUUCUUUCCAAUCGCAAAAGGUUAUCCCUAUCUCUGUCUCCUCGAGGGAACUUUGUUGUACGAGAGACUCGCAAGCUACCGCAAUCGUGAUAGUCGUCCAACCUGAUUUCGAGCUUUUUCUUUACAAUUGUUAUUACGCAUGUACGCAUAUUAUACGAGGUAGAUAGACGUGAAAUUCCAGUAGGGCGAUUGUACAUUUAUUUUUAACUUUAACCGCGAAUCAGCAUCGCGCAUCGCUCGUGCACAAUCGUUUACAGAGCGCCUCUCCUUCGGGGCUGUUUCUUGUUGAAUCGUGUUUUGUGAACACUGAUAUGUGUGGGUCUUAAUUCAAUUUCUCAUUAGCCGAAACGGCAGAAGACUUCUCCCCUUGUUCACUUGAACGCGCUGUUCCUACGCACGAGCGGUCGCACAGUUAUUAUCGGCGAGUCAAUUCUGUAUCUUGCGAUAUAGUGAAAAUGCUAAAAGUGAGCGGUUUUAUAUUAUAUUAUAUAUAUUAUAAAUAUUAUAUAUAUUAUAUAUAUACACGUAUGUGUUCGUUAAUUGAGAAUAUGGCCCUGCGCACAAUAGUCUCUUUUUAAGGAGACAUAGACAAGGCUACUCUUAGCAUUUUUCACUAAAGUGUAAGAUACAGAAUUGACUACCAGUGGUGAUUCUGUGACUCUUCACGACAGUAUCGUUAGUCAUUUAUAUAUUGUUACAUGGUUGGUGCGCAGCUUUUUACCGUACGUCUGUAACGAUAACAACACUGCGUUAACGCCCAGUCUACAAUGAGUUGUUAGUCGUUAGUCAGAAGUCGGAACUAUAUGUCGGUCCUUUUUCUUCCACCCA